AUGGCCUCAGAUAUGGCCAACCGGUUCGCGAGCAAGUUCUGGGAGACGGCGACAACGAAUCAGCAAGUGACUGUCCCGCUCGCUGCUCUAGGUGGUCUAUGGGCAGGCUACCAGCUCUACCAACUCGCUUCCUCCGUACACCUACACUUCCUCCACCGCUCCUCCCUGGGUCGAUAUCGAUCACAGUCCACCGACGGCAAACCCGCCUCCUGGGCUCUGAUAACUGGGAGCAGCGACGGUAUAGGCAAGGGUUUCGCAGAAGAACUCUGCAGCCAGGGUUUCAACGUCAUCCUCCACGGCCGCAACGAGCAGAAACUCAACGGCGUCAAAGCCGAAUUGGAACGACAAUGGCCCAAGAGCCAGAUCAAGACCAUCGUCUUCGAUUCCGCCAAAGACAUCACCAACCACGAAAAGCUGGAAGCCAUGGUCCGCUCCAUCGCCGACCUCAACAUCACCGUCUUGAUCAACAACGUCGGCGGAGGACCGAGACCGGCUUUCUUAACUCUCGCAGAGUUCAACAACGAAGGGGCGAGAACGUGGAUCGACACGAACGUGUCUUUCACCGUCGAAAUCACCCGUCUGCUCAUCCCGGUACUCGUCAAGCGGAGCCCAGCGUUAAUGGUCAACGUCGGGAGCUACGCGGGGACUGAAGGGUUUCCGUAUCUGUCAGUGUACAGCGGCACCAAAGCCUUCGGGGAGUCCUGGACGAAAGCAAUCAACCUGGAAAUGAAGGCCGAAGGGCACAAGGUCGAAGUGUUUCAUCUGUUGGUGGGCGCUGUGCAGUCUGGCAGUGAAGCACACAGGAAACUGACCCUCUUUGUCCCGAGCUCGCGCAGGUUCGCGGCGGAUAGUCUGCACAAGGUGGGCUCUGGCAGGAGCGUCGUCACGCCUUAUGUUGGUCACGCGAUGCAGGUCGCUUUGUUCAAUGCGUUUCCACAGAUCAUACGGGAGAAGCUGUUUUUGAACGUGGUAAAAGAUGAGGUAAAGGCGGAGAGGGAGAUGUUCAAGAAACAGUGA